AUGGAGAUCCAGGCAAUCUUCCUCCUCUUCGCCGCUGGUGUCUUCGCUGGUGGCUCCGGCUGGGAAUGCUACAAAAGAUCUGAGAAAUUUAGAAACGACCACGCCGAGCUGCCCGAAGGGUCGGAUCCGGACUACAUCUUCAGCUACUGUCCAGAGGCGAACGGAUGUUGCGCCAAUGGCAAAGCAUGGUAUCCCUGCAAUAGUACAUGUGUGCCGGGAAAUUCGUGCGUUGGCUUCAAUAACACUGCUUUUUGCUAG